CUUCCGUCGGCCCCACCCUUUCCGGAGCAUCAACUCCACAGCAGAGUGGCGAAGAGACGAGGGAGAUCAGCAAGGGCAUCGUUUCGGGUGCCGCAGGUUGGUUUUCACGCAUCUUGACCAACGCGGUAUGUCCUUUCCGCAUUUCCGAGUUUCCGUAGAAACAACCUAUGAUAGAUCUCGACGGCGUCGAAAGUGCGGGGAAUCACUUUCCGAGGUGGGGAUAAAGCGAGUCGGAGGGGGAGCCAGGUGAGUCAACAAUCAACGAGUUGUUGUUUCCCAGAAACAAUUAUCGAUACAUAUCUCCUUGUUCCCGUAACCAGAACCGACCUCCAAACACACAAGGCACAAUAAAUUGGAGCAAGAUUUGUGACAACGGCACGACAGAUCAAGAUGGAAUACACGAGACUUGGAGAGAGUGGCCUCAAGAUCUCCAAGAUCAUCAUGGGGUGCAUGGUCUUUGGCAACUCCAAGUGGGAGGGGUCCCCCUGGACCCUGGACGAGGAGGAAGGUCUCCAGCUGCUCAAGAAGGCUUAUGAUCUCGGCAUAAACACAUGGGACACGGCCGACUUUUACUCGAAUGGAGCGUCCGAGGUCAUUGUUGGCAAGGCCCUCAAGAAAUACAACAUAUCUCGGAAUAAGGUCACAAUUCUUAGCAAGGUUUACUUUCCUAUCACUGAAGGAGAAGGCAUCCGGGUCGCUCCUAUCAAUGACGGAGCGAUAGUGAAUCAGAUGGGCCUCUCGAGGAAGCACAUCUUUGAUGCUGUCGAUGGGUGCCUUCGACGCCUCGAUAUGGAUUACAUUGACGUUCUCCAGAUCCAUCGCCUAGACCGAGACACGCCACCCGAGGAGAUUAUGAAAGCUCUGCACGACGUGGUUAUGUCUGGCAAAGUGCGAUACAUCGGAGCCAGCUCCAUGUGGACAUGGGAGUUUGCCCAGCUGCAGCACAUUGCAGAGCUGAAAGGGUGGACCAAGUUCAUCUCCAUGCAGAACUUCUACAACCUGGUCUAUCGAGAGGAAGAGCGGGAGAUGAUUCCCUUUUGCAAGGCGACGGGGGUCGGCAUCAUCCCAUGGUCGCCAAUGGCUCGGGGAUUGCUCACCCGACCCUGGGGCACGGCCGAGAGCGAGCGCGCGCGCGGAGACAAGUACAGCGCCGUGUGGAACGUAGGAGCCAGCAGCGAGGUUGUCGGCCGAGUCGAGCAGCUGGCCAAGAAGAAGGGUGUCAGCAUGGCCGUGCUGGCCACAGCGUGGGUGCUGCACAAGGGCUGCUCCCCGAUCCUAGGCCUGAACAAGCCCGAGAGAAUCGAAGAGGCGGUUGGCGCGCUGCAGGUUCGGUUCGCCGAGGACGAAGUCAAGUUUCUCGAGGAGGAGUACAAGCCGCGCGCUGUGCAGGGCCAUUAAUCCGCAAUCCCACAAUCCCACAUCACAUCGCCAUCCCCGGGAUGUCUCCGGGACGUUUCCGGGACGUUUCUGGGACAUCUGACGAUUACUUUCAAAUAGCAAAUUUAGCCACGGCAAAGUAAUGCAUGCCUACACCG